AGAAUGCUCAGUAGGAACCACCUCCUCCAGCGGAUCCGGUUCUUCUCACCGAAUGGACUACAUAAUCACCGUACCUGGUCCGGUGUUGGCGGAGCAUCUGGCAGCUCUGCUACCCGAGCAACCGUCGCAGCACACACAGCCUGCUCGUGUCCCGAACAUUUCUCCGACGUAUGUAAAGUUGGACAUACUUACCUACAAUGUGGAUGUUGACGCGAGUUCAUCGUACCCCAGUCUGCCUCCUCCCAUCCACUUGUGCACGUAUUGGCGUUGUGAGCGAGUUGCCACCGAUUUCCGGCUGGACUACGCUGCUCAUUGGCCUUGGGAUGAACAUCAGCCCAGUACUCUCACUCGUGGCGAUUUACGCAUCAACCUGCAAGUAGACGGCGAUGUCACUCGCAUGCAAAGUCUUCCGGUUGGCACAUGGAUUCCGGAGUUGCAUCGCGCCACCUGGCGGAUCCCAUUCGCUCAAGAACCCGACUCUACCAUACCAGCUGCCUCCACAAAUGGUACGGUCCGUGCAAAAUUCACACUGAACCGAGGGCCUGGUCGGCCUCAACCGGUCGCGUUGCAGUUCUUCCGCGAAGAAUGCCUCGCCAGCGGGAUGCGACUUUAUCUAGAGGGAUCCAGUUACCGCAUGAGCUUGUGCAAACGACGAAUCAUCGGCGACCGUUACAUCUGCGACCCACCCAAUCACUUACCACGUUUUCAGCUUCAUCCUCCUCUCCCCCCUACUACUAAUUCGUCUGCCACUGUCUUUCAUUCGGCUCAGCCUCUUUCAGCUGACACCACUUGCCCCUGUCUGUUGCACGCUUCAGAGCAUGGCUAGUCUCCAUACGCCAAUGCGGCUUGCUUUUUCACUGAGACAAAUACGCUCAUUCAGCUAGCGACUGCGCUGGAUCCGCAUGUGAUCUCUCUCCACGGCUAUACACUAUAUCGAAUAUCGUUCCUUUCUGUUCUCCCUUCACGAAUACUUCUCUUACCGGAUCACGGAUCAUUCAUUCCGGACUUCAUGUAAUUAAAUCUUAUCUGAACACAUUUGCACACGCACACUCAAUAAUGCAUUUGUCCAGGCAAAAUGCAUAGUUUUUCUCUUGCUUCCCCACCAUUCCUCUUACACCUUCAUUUAUCGUUUUCAGAACGCCUAAUCACCAGAAUUCUCCUUUGUUCUCUACUAGGUUUUGAGACACACUGUGCAUUCCGAACUGCCUUCCAAGUCUGUUUGAGGCGGUAGCAAUAGUUUAAUUUCUCAUACCUCCUUACAUGUGUGCUUUUAAUAAGUGUUAAGCGAUUAAGUCAGUAACUUUUGCGACAAUUGUUGCCCGUCGACACUUGGCGAUGUAAAGGUAAAAUCUUCCGACAGUCCCUGUUUCUCGGGUUCGCUACCGCUACUUGGCUAGUGCUGUUCAACACGAGACCGCUGGUGGCGUGCAACAACUAAUGUUUGCCUACUUCAGAUACGGCGAAGUGAAUCACUUUCCAGAUUGUGAUUCCGUGUCGCAAUUCAUUCACACAACUCUUCAAAAUUACUACUCAACUGAACCAUUGACAAGUGUUGCUAGCCACAACUCACUAGUUUACGUUUCGGCUAGCUUCCCUAUCUCCCGGGACGCGACUUCAUUGUUGCGGUAUCAGUGGUGCCAUAAAACCCUGGUGAUUCUUCUGAAGCAUCAAUUGUCCGAAGCCGCAAUACCAAACGUAAGUGGGCUGGGAAAAGGGUGAUUGCCAGCCUUGGAACGAUGCUUUGCACCUUGAAUGUCGUAGGACAUUACGUGCGUGGAUACCUCAGUUGCCAAGCGUAUCAUCGCGAGUGGCACAGUUUGGCCGCCAUCAAGGAGAUACUGUCAGAAUGAAAUGCGC